AAUAGAUACAGGCAGUGGCCGGGCAUGAAAUCAGUACGUACAAGAAAACAAAGGGGUCACGUUCAUGGCCGCUAUUCCUCUCUACAUUCUCUCCCUCUCUUUCUGUCUGAGUCUGAGUCUGACGAUGCCGACGCUGUAAUCCGCUAUUCAAUCGUGUUUUCCAAUCAAUGUCAAGCGGCGGAGCCACCACCAAUUCGCCCAAAGCCACCGCGCAAAUCCACGGCGCUCACCACCGUCGCCGGACCGCCGAUCCGACUACCGACCAGGAGAAGGAGAAGCCCGCGGAUCACGUGCAAAUCGGAUUGGAUUGUUGCAGAAGCGACGGGGAUAGAGAGGUUUUCGUCAACAAUUAUAGCAUCCACAACCACAACCACAGCCACAGCCACGGCGCCGCGAAUCACCGGAUCGUGUUGCCGCGAAAACGUUUUCCGGAGUUUCUGGUUUUCUUCUUUGAGGAAUGCCUGUUGAGUGCCUGGGGAGCCUUCAAUUAUUUGACCUCGAGGAAGAACAUGGUGCGUUCCAUUUUUAUGCUCCUCCUAAUGAUGGUGGUUGUCUCCGCGUUUUUUAAAUUCUCCUUCCUAAUGGGCGGCGCCGGCGGCGGUGGGACAGGCGACAAGGAUUUUUUGCGCAUUCAGAAGUUUAAGAAUGCUCUGUUGUCUAGCGCUCAUAUGGCAGUUUUUGACAGAGAGUCGUCCUCUUCCGGCGCUGCUUUGCAGAAACGGAUAAUGAAAGAAAAUCCGGUUCCAGAGAUAUGGACGAAUCCCAACAGCAAUGGCUUGCAGCAAUGCGUUGCCCGACAAAGGGAUCGGUUCAUAAGAACAUCGACAGCCACGAAUGGUUACAUUCUAGUCCACGCCAAUGGAGGAUUGAAUCAAAUGAGAACAGGAAUCUGCGACAUGGUUGCCGUGGCAAAGAUCAUGAACGCCACUCUCGUGCUUCCCACCCUCGACCAUGAGAGCUUCUGGACAGAUCCUAGUGGUUUUAAGGACAUAUUCAACUGGAGGCAUUUCAUAUCAGCCUUGAAGAAUGACAUCGAAAUAGUUGAAGAGUUACCAUCCGAGUUUGCAGCAAUGGAUCCACUGAUCAAAGCUCCAAUCUCAUGGUCGAAGCCAAGUUACUACAGGCGAGAAAUUCUUCCAUUGCUGAAGCAGCAUAAGGUGAUCUUGUUCACCCACACAGAUUCGAGGCUUGCCAAUAACAACAUGCCGCAGUCUAUCCAGAAACUGCGGUGCCGAGCAAAUUACAUUGCUCUACGCUACACGCAGGAGAUAGAAAAUCUCGGAAGCAAAUUGGUUGCGAGAUUGAGGAAACACGGUGAACCCUACAUUGCCCUGCACUUGAGAUACGAGAAGGACAUGCUGGCAUUUACAGGAUGCAACCAUAAUCUGACACCGUCGGAAGCAGAGGAUCUUCGCAUCAUGAGGUACAGCGUUAAGCAUUGGAAGGAGAAGGAGAUCGACAGCGAAGAAAGGAGGCUGCAAGGAGGCUGCCCGCUGUCUCCAAGGGAAGCGGCAUUAUUACUCAAGGCAUUAGGCUAUCCGGCCUCGACAAGAAUAUACAUCGUGGCAGGGGAAAUAUUCGGCGAACAAAGCAUGGACGCGCUUCUUGCAGAGUACCCCAACAUUUUCACUCACUCGAAGCUUGCAUCGCUAGAGGAGCUUGCGCCAUUCCGAAGAUAUCAGAAUCGCCUUGCGGCCUUGGACUACAUAAUAGCCUUGGAGAGUGAUGUGUUUGUGUACACAUUCGACGGGAAUAUGGCGAAGGCAGUGCAAGGACACCGGAGAUUUGAAGGUUUCAGGAGGACUAUAAAUCCCGACAGGUUUAGUUUUGUUAGGCUAAUUGAUUCUCUGGAUGGGGGCUCCAUUUCUUGGGAGGAAUUCACAUCAGAGGUCAAGAAAUUGCACAGAAACAGAAUAGGUGCACCAUACUUGAGGCAGCCCGGAGAAAUCCCAAGACUUGAGGAGAAUUUCUACGCCAAUCCUUACCCAGAUUGCAUAUGUAACAGAACAGAGGAAACCAUUGACACAUCGUGGCUGGAGAGCUGAAGACUAGGAAAAGAUUGAAAUGGGCAUCCAUCCCAGAAACAGGGCAAGAUUUGUAUAGCCGUUUCUUUUUCUAUGUUGAGGAAGAGAUCUGCCCCAAAGAGAUGAGAUGAUAUUCUUGUGUACAAAAAACCGGGGGGGGGGGGGGGGGGGGUAA